AUGGCUUCCCUUGAAUCCAUACAGACUUCGCCCAUGGAGUACACGGCUGAGGACGUGGCUUUGCACAAGGGCAAGUUGGGCAAUUGGAUGAUCAUCCAUGGCCAAGUGUUUGACGUCUCAAAAUACAUCGAUGACCACCCUGGUGGUGCCGACCUGCUUGUGGAAGCGGCUGGCACCGACGCCACCGAAGACUUCGAUAAUGCAGGUCAUUCCGAGGACGCACUAGAGAUCAUGCGCGAGCUGUGCGUCGGCGUACUGAAGGGGUACAAGAAGCCAGCACCCAAACGUGUUGUCCAAAUCCCACGCGUCGUGGAACCUGUCGCCAAACUCCCGUCCUCUUCCACCUCCCAAGCAGCAAAGACAUUGAGCGUGGCAACCUGUGUCGCAGUCACCGCGUUCUCUGCUACACACUACUCUCGGACUCACGGCGACCUCAUCUGGAAGGUCCCCAAGCUCCUGCCAACGACAACAAAUCCCCUGUCUCACGUCAGCACCACCAGCUCCGGCGGCUUUUCCAUGGGCUUUUUUGCCGCGUCGGCACUGACCGCCCUCCUCGCGGCAGCAGCAGCCAACCAAAUCUCCAAACUCACCAAUCUCCCCGAGGGCGGCUUCAUGCGCUACCCACCCCACAAGCCGUCCUCCAAACCACGGCGCACACGAACACCCUCCCCCACAACCACCCCAACCACCUUCCUCAACCCGCAAACCUACCAACCCCUCCCUCUCACGCACAAAGAAACCCUCGCCCCGGGCGUCCUCCUCCUCACCUUCGCCCUCCCCACCCCCACCACCACGCUGGGCCUACCCACGGGCCAACACGUCUCCAUCCGCGCCGUCAUCGACGGCACGCCCGUCACGCGCUCCUACACGCCCAUCUCCAGCGACGCCGACGCGGGCGUGCUCUCCCUCGUCGUGCGCUGCUACCCGAACGGGCUGCUCACGUCGCGCUACCUGGCGAACCUGCAGGCCGGGGUGGACAGCGUGAUGUUCCGCGGCCCAAAGGGCGCGAUGCGGUAUCGCAGGGGGUGGGCGGAGAGGAUUGGCAUGAUUGCGGGCGGGACGGGCAUCACGCCGGUGUAUCAGGUGGUGAGGGCGAUUUGUGAGGAUGAGGGGGAUGGAACGCGGGUGAGUUUGGUGUAUGCGAAUAAGGGGGAGGGGGAUAUUUUGUUGCGGGGGGAGUUGGAGGCGUUGGCGGAGAGGUUUCCCGAGAAGUUGCGGGUGUGGUAUCUGUUGGAUGUGGCGCCGGAGGGGUGGGGGUAUGGGGUGGGACAUAUUACGAAGGAGGUGGUGCAGGAGCGGAUGCCGCAGCCGGGGGAGGGGAGCAAAGUUAUGGUGUGUGGGCCGCCGGGCAUGGUGAAUGCGGCGAAGGGGAUGUUGGGGGAGAUGGGCUUCAAGGUGCCGGGGAAGGUGGCCAGGAUGGAGGACGAUGUUUUUGUGUUUUAG